GGGAUUUGCGGGCGGCGGGAAACUUCGAACCUUUUUUCUGCUCCGAGACUAAAACUGGCAAAAGCUCACCAACACGCAAAGAAACCGACCAUCCUCAACCCAGCAUACUGACACGACAGCCUCCAAUAAUACUGCAGGGAGCAUAUUUGCACAGCAUCUCUUGUUCUUUCAGCCUCUCCCUCUCCAUAGCUUUUAAACGUAUUUUAUUGUUUGCUAGGGCUACAGCAGUAGCAUCGCCGUCGCCGUUUGUCUAAUCGCUCCUGGGAGCGCAACACCCUCCUCCCAGCUCUGACCAAGAAAAAUAUACCACCGCCGCAAGCAUGUCUUCCAUGCGAAAUGCCGUUCAACGGCGGCCGCAUCGUGAGCGGGCUCAGAUCAGCAGCCGCGAGAAAUGGGGUAUCCUCGAGAAACACAAGGACUAUUCUCUCCGCGCCCGCGACUACAAUGUCAAGAAGGCCAAACUACAACGACUGCGCGAGAAGGCGCGGGAUCGUAACCCGGACGAGUUCGCCUUUGGCAUGAUGUCAGAAAAAUCGAAUAAACAAGGUCGCCAUGGUGCCCGGGGUUCGGAAACUUCAACGCUCAGUCAUGAGGCGAUUAAGCUACUUAAGACGCAGGAUGCAGGAUAUCUACGGGUUGUCGGGGAGAAAGUGAGGAGGCAGCUGGAAGGGGUGGAGCAGGAGGUCAGAUUACAGGAUGGGAUGAAUGGGGUACUUCAGGGGGACACUGGGAGGAAGAUUGUAUUCGCAGAUUCAUUAGAGGAACAGAGACGGCUAUGGAUUGAGAGGGGGGAGAUGGAGGACGAAAACGGCGAUAGUGACGAGGGACGGUCCGAAAAAGGGGAGGCUUCGUUUGGGGAGAAACAAAAACAGGCGCAGAAGUCCAAGAAGCAGAUUGAAGCCGAGGAAUGGGCUAGAAGGGAGAUGUUGGCUGCAAGGAGAUUGAAAAAGAGAGCGACAGAGGUACGAAGGAAGAAGGUCGAGGCACUGCGGGUACAGCAUAAAGAGCUCGUUGCAGCUGAGCAGGAACUGGAUCGGCAACGGGCGAAGAUGGAGAAUUCGGUUGGCGGAGUUAAUAAGUAUGGGAUCAAAUGGAAGAUUAGGGAACGGAAGAAAUGAGACAAAAGAUUCAUGUUAGGGUUUACGGCAGGCGCAGAUAUUGAAAUAGUAUGACAUAACUAUGCACUGGCAGGCGACCAAACUAGGCGUCGAUAAAUAUGAAACGGGUAGGGAAUCAUCAUCCUGAAAUUACAUACCUUCAAAUAUAUUUACAAAGUCCCCCGACUUCCUGCACCACUCAACUCAAAGUCUACUCGGCAUCCUAACAGCCCCAUCCAACCUAAACACGCUCCCAUUAACCAUCCCAUUCCUCACACAUCCCAACACAAACUCCGCAAACUCCUCCGGCCUCCCCAUCCGCAUAGGAUACUCAAUCAUCCCACUAUUAGCCCCACUCUUUUCCGCAAUUCCCGGCCUCUUCUUCUCGCCUCCAGCACCACCAGACGGACUCUUCCUCGGUUUCACUGUCAUCCCCGUCUGGAACACCCCCGGCGCAACUCCGACAACCCUAAUCCCCGCAGACCUCCCCACCUCUCUCGCCAGCGGCAGCACAAGCCCAGCCACAGCGCCCUUACUCGCCGAAUAUGCCAACUGCCCAACCUGCCCCUCAUACGCCGCCACGCUGGACACAACCACAACCACGCCCCGCUCCCCAUCAUCCCCCUGGGCCUCCACAACCGCCAUAUGCGGCAGCGCCAGUCGUAUCAGAUCCACCGUGCCGCGCAGGUUGAUAGCAAUGACCCUAUCGAAGGCCUCAAUGGACAUCGUCUUUACACUGCCGCUGCUCGGAUCCUGCCGGGGCAGCGCGCGCUCGCCGUACCCGAUGCCUGCGCAGCAGAUGACGCCUCCCAGGGGUGCGUGGGUGGAUGUGGAGAUCCAGGAGACUGUGGCAUCAAUGGCAUGCUGGAGACUUUCGGUUUUGGAGACAUCUGUGCGUGUAUAGAGGGUGCGGGAUGGGGUUGCGAGGAAGGGGGAGAUCUCGGAGGGGGGUGGGUUGAGGUCUAGGAGCGAGACGUUGGCGCCCUGGGUGAGGAGGGCGACGGCGGUUGCGAGACCGAGGCCGGAGGACCUGUGGGUUUAAUUAAUGGUGUUAGCUUUGGAUUUUUUUUUAUUUUCAAUUUUUGGAUGGAGGAAUGGAGUUGCAUGGGGAGAUAAUUUUAGCGGAGCUGCAAAUAUGACAAUUUUUGCGGGUAUUUCAAAACGUACCCGCCUGAUAUAAUGAAUGUGCGGCCUUCGGGCUUCAUAUUUUAUAAUAAUAUCGGGUUCUUGUUUUCCUUUUCUCUUUUCUUUGAAGAGUAUGUACGUAGUAGAUACACAAUAUAUCGAACGCGAAUUCGGCGGGCGCAGAUAAAUAAAUAGCUUGAGGCUUUGUGGGGGGAACGGAAUUGGUUUCGGGACUCCGCAAUCUGGGUUAACUAACAGAUCGAGAUCGAGAUAGAAGAAAUUUGGCAAGGGAGAGAGAUUGAAACGGAGAGUGGAAGUCAGAACGGCAGAGCAAUAAAAUAAAAGGUAACUAUCGCUCUUGCGCGCACAGGAAGGCUGUAACUAGAGACAGGGCUGGAGUUGUUGAAGAUUGGGAUUAUUUGGACCUCGGCAUUUUCAGCCGUUACCGUUCGGCUCCUUGGCUUCGGCAUGCUGCGCCGUGCCCUAUAUACGGAGUACUCCGUAGACAGGCUACCAACAGUUAGGAUGUACUCCGUACUCCGUAGUCUGUGCAGACUUAGGCUCUAUACGGGAUAUUAUCUCAUAUCAAUAUCAAAAGUGUCAAAAG